CAAAAGAUUCUCCAGCUAGCUUUCUCAAAUCAUUUUCUUGUUUCAUCUUCUUCUUCCCUCUGUCUCUCUCUCUUUCUCUCUCUAAAUAAGCAUCCAUCUCUUUUUCCUCAAGAAAAAAAAUCUCUGUGUUCUUUUUCUUUCUCUUGUUCUUGAAUCUUUAAACUAAAAAAAAAAAGGAGAGGCACAUACAUAUAUAGAUAGAUACACUGUUAUAUAGACAUGGCGGUUGUGGUCGAAGAAGGCGUGGUGUUGAAUCAUGGAGGUGAAGAGCUUGUGGAUUUGCCACCUGGAUUCAGGUUUCAUCCAACAGACGAAGAGAUCAUAACAUUCUACCUCAAAGAAAAGGUUUUAGACAGCCGAUUCACGGCUGUGGCCAUGGGAGAAGCCGAUCUCAACAAGUGCGAGCCUUGGGAUUUGCCAAAAAGGGCCAAGAUGGGUGAGAAAGAGUUCUACUUCUUCUGUCAAAGGGACAGGAAGUAUCCGACCGGGAUGAGGACGAACCGUGCAACCGAGUCUGGAUAUUGGAAAGCGACCGGGAAGGAUAAGGAGAUCUUCAAAGGCAAAGGUUGUCUCGUUGGGAUGAAGAAAACACUUGUGUUUUAUAGAGGAAGAGCUCCAAAAGGUGAAAAGACUAAUUGGGUCAUGCAUGAAUACCGUCUUGAAGGCAAAUAUUCUUAUCACAACCUCCCCAAAUCCGCAAGGGACGAGUGGGUCGUGUGUAGGGUUUUUCACAAGAACAAUCCUUCUACUACAACCCAACAAAUGACGAGAAUACCCAUUGAAGAUCUCACAAGAAUGGACUCUCUAGAGAACAUUGAUCAUCUCCUUGACUUCACAUCUCUUCCUCCUCUCAUAGAUCCUAGUUUUACGGAGCAACCCAACUUCAAACCCAUCAACCCUCCUACAUACAAUAUCUCAUCACCAAUCCAACCCCAUCACUACAAUACAUACAAUUCGAUCUAUAACCACCAGGGUUUUGGUUCUGCUUCUGGUUCCGGUUCUACAUACAACAACAACAACAACAACAACGAGAUGAUCAAGAUGGAGCAAUCACUUGUUAGUGUAUCUCAAGAAACCUGCCUGAGCUCAGAUGUGAACGCAGCCACGACCACGGAGGUAUCUUCGGGUCCGGUAAUGAAGCAAGAGAUGAGGAUGAUGGAAAUGGUGAAUGGUAGCAAGUCGUACGACGAUCUAUGUGACUUGGGGGGCAUCUUAUGGGACUACUGAUUAACUUCCGCUUGGAAUAAUUAUGGUUAUUUAAUUAUUUAAUUGUGAUGAAAGAGUAUAUUUGGUUGGUUUUAAAUCAUGUAGGUAAUACAUAUACACAUAGUAUUUACUAGGGGAUUUAUCCUAGUUAUUUUCGCUUCAUUGAUAUUAUUUAGUUGAUUGUUUAAUUAGUUUGUAGUGUGGGGGGAAAGGGAAAAUGGGA